AUGUCGAAUGGAGCGCUGCUGGCCCCGUCUUUGACGGUGCCCGCCGCGGCGCCGGAGGCGACUGGCGAGCUGCCAGCGGGGGUAGAGAAGAGCGAAGGAUGGAAGGAGAAGGGAAAGGGGAGUAAAGACUUGGGCACAAAGGCCGAAGGAAAGAGGAAAGGCGCAGGGAGGAAGGGAAAAAGAAAGGAAGGAGGCAAAGCAGGAGGAGCACGGAAGGGAGCGAGGCGAGAGGCGGCGGGCUGGCGAUCGUGGGGAGCGUGCGAGGCGUCGGAGCAGCACACGGUGUCGCUGCAGGCUCAGAAACGGCGUGGGAGCGGUGAGGCGGCUCCGCCCCGGUGCGGCGGAGAGCCCGGCUGUGAGCGCGGGGGCGGCGCGGGGCGGGCGGGCGAGCCGGUGCGUCCGGGCGGCGGCGGGGAGCCGUGCGGGGCCCGUGCGGCGGCGGCGGCGAUGGGCGUGUGCUGGGGGCCCGUGGUGCGGGUGCUGGUGCUGCAGGCGGCCUGGGCGCUGGGCGGCGGGCAGGUGCGCUACUCGGUGCCGGAGGAAGCCAAGGCCGGGACGGUGGUGGGCCGGCUGGCGCAGGACCUGGGCCUGGAGGCGGGCGAGCCGGAGGCGCGUCGGCUGCGGCUGGUGGCGCAGGGCCGGCGGGCGAGCGUGGAGGUGAGCGGGGCGAGCGGGGCGCUGGUGGUGAGCUCGCGGCUGGACCGGGAGGAGCUGUGCGGGAAGAGCGCGCCGUGCGCCCUGCGCCUGGAGGUGCUGGUGGAGCGGCCGCUGCGCGUCUUCCACGUGGAGCUGGAGGUGACCGACAUCAACGACAACGCCCCGCUCUUCCCCGCCGCCCGGAAAAACCUCAGUUUAUCGGAGAACUCCCCCCCCGGUUCUCGGUUCCCGCUGGAGGGCGCGUCGGAUGCAGACGUCGGAGCCAACGCGCAGCUCUCCUAUACCCUCAGCCCUAGCGAGCACUUCUCUCUGGAUUUACAGCGCAGUGAAGAAUACCGAGAAUCCUUGUUUCUGGUGCUGAGGAGACCGCUGGACCGCGAGACGAUGGCUGAGCACCGUUUGGUGUUGACAGCGAGUGACGGGGGCCGUCCAUCGCUGACAGGCACGAUGGAGCUGGUGAUCUCGGUGCUGGACGCCAACGACAAUGCGCCCCAGUUCAACCAGUCGGUGUAUAAAGUGCAGCUGCUAGAGAGCGCUGCAGAGGGGACGCUGGUGGCGCAGGUGAACGCCACGGAUCCGGACGUGGGAAGCAAUGGCGAAAUGACGUUCACUGCGAGCAAUACUUUUCCCACAAAUGGAUUAAAACUUUUCUUUUUAGAUCCAAAGACGGGGGAGAUCCGUCUCAGGGGUGCCCUGGACUUCGAAGACAUCCCGUCAUACGAGAUACAAAUCGAAGCGACGGAUAAGGGGACCCCCCCGCUGUCGGGUCACUGCAAGGUGUUGGUGGAGGUGCUGGACGUGAACGACAACGCGCCGGAGGUGUGGGUGACGUCGCUGUCGGUGCCGGUGCCGGAGGACGCGGCGGUGGGGACGGUGGUGGCGCUGCUGAGCGUGUCGGACCGGGACUCGGGGGCGAACGGUCGGGUGCGCUGCGCGGUGUGGCCGGCGGCGCCGUUCGGGCUGGUGGCGACGUUCGCGGGCUCGUACUCGCUGGUGCUGCGGGAGGCGCUGGACCGGGAGCGGGUGUCGGAGUACGAGGUGGAGGUGCGGGCGGAGGACGGCGGGGCGCCGGCGCUGCGCGCCAGCCGCGGGGUGCGGGUGCCGGUGUCGGACGUGAACGACAACGCGCCGGCGUUCGCGCAGGCCGUGUACACGGUGCUGGCGCGGGAGAACAACGCGGCGGGCGCGGAGCUGGCGCGGCUGUGGGCGCGGGACCCGGACGAGGCGGGCAACGGGCGCGUGAGCUACUCGGUGGCGGAGGGCGUGGGCGGGGGCGCGGUGGCGGGCGGGGGGUGGCGGGCGGCGUCGAGCUACGUGUCGGUGGACGCGGAGAGCGGGCGGCUGUGGGCGCUGCAGCCGUUGGACUACGAGGAGGUGCAGGUGCUGCAGUUCGAGGUGCGGGCGGUGGACGCGGGGGAGCCGCCGCUGUGCGGCAACGCCACGGUGCAGCUGUUCGUGGUGGACGAGAACGACAACGCGCCGGCGCUGCUCCCGGCUGCCGGGGGCGGGCCGGGCGGCGGGGCCGCGGGCUCGGCGGCGUCGGGGCCGGGCUCGGGCUCGGGGGCGCUGUGGGCGUGGGCGGCGUGGGGGGCGCCGGCGGGGCAGGUGGUGGCGAAGAUCCGCGCGGUGGACGCGGACUCGGGCUACAACGCGUGGCUGCGCUACGAGCUGUGGGAGCCGCGGGGGAAGGGCCCGUUCCGCGUGGGGCUGUACAGCGGCGAGGUGAGCACGGCGCGGGCGCUGGAGGAGGCGGACGGCCCGCGGCAGCGGCUGGUGAUCGUGGUGCGGGACCACGGGGAGCCGGCGCGCUCGGCCACGGCCACGCUGAGCGUGUCGCUGGUGGAGGGCGCCGAGGCGGCGCUGGCGGCCGCGGGCUCGUCGUCGUCGGGGGCGGGGCUGCGGCCGGCGGCGGGCGCGGAGGGCGGCGCGGCGGCGGCGGCGGCGGCGGCGACGAACGUGUGGCUGGUGGUGGCCAUCUGCGCGGUGUCGAGCCUGUUCCUGCUGGCGGUGGUGCUGUACGGGGCGUCGCGGUGGGCGCCGCGGGCGGCCGUGCUGUCGGGGCCCGGUCCGGCGACGCUGGUGUGCGCCAGCGAAGUGGGGAGCUGGUCGUACUCGCAGCGCCAGAGCCGGAGCCUGUGCGUGGCGGAGGGCGCGGGCAAGAGCGACCUGAUGGUUUUCAGCCCCAACUUCCCGCCGCCGCCCGGCCCCGCGGCGAAGGAGACGCAGCCGGAGGCGCCCGCUCUCGUGGACACGGUCAGUGCCCCCCCCCCCCUUUGUCGCCUCUCGCCCCUUCCCCCUUCUUGUGGCCCUGGUCGCCCGGCCCCUGGGCAGGCGCUGGUGGGAGUCGAGCUCAGGCGGUGGGGGCUUGGCGGGUGCUUCGGGCUUGGCGGGUGCUUCUUAAGGGUGUUCACGGGACCUUUGCAUCCUUGCCGGAGCCCCCGGGCUCUCGGUGUGGGGGAGGAAGCAAGCAAGGUGUUGCCACACCCCGCAGCAGUGGCCAUCCGCAGCUGUGCUUUGCGGUUGUGGGUGUGA